ACAGAGUGUGGUUUGUCUAUUGGGGGUGUAGAUCAACUCCCUAUGACAUCACUUUUGCGGCUUGAAACAAAAUCAUUUGGUAUGCUGGGUGCACUGCUGGUAUGGCACACAUAUUGGAAAGGUGCACAUUACAGACUGCAGAUCUCUUUUGUGAUGUCACUGGAGCAUGUAAUGUUCAUAUAAAUGGGAAAUGUGAGAGAAUGAAGGCUGAAUUCUGUAUUUGGAGGAUCUAUGAUUUGUGGAACUGUAAUGUGUCCCAUGGUAUUGUCAUACAGGAUGCUGACAUUCAGUGAGAAGUCUUGCUUCAAUGAUGCAUAGUCGAUAUUUCAUUAUCGCUCUAUCAUUCGUUUGAAAUGGAGCGCUAGAGAGAGAGAUAGAGAAGAAGUAUGUAACUCUCAUGUAGUAAAACAAUUCUUUGGAUGGUCCAGAAAAAAAUUUCUGGAGAGAAAAUGGUGGAUUUUGUGCGUGGUUGCAGUACCAGAGAUGUCAUUAAAAUGGAUUCUAUAAAUUUGGAUAAUAAUCUGGAUUCACUCCUGGAUCUAGACGACUUCAGUUUCAUGAGUGAUAUGUCGAUGGACAUUGCGCCUACCCUCAUCACAUUGUACGACUCGGUAGCAGCAAAUGGCCAAGUAGAUGAACAUCCCCAUCAAGGAGAGGAGGAGCGUUUGCAGCCGCAGCAGGAUUGUGAGUCACAUGACCAGGAAGAGCCAAUUGCAUUUGUGCCGAGCGCAACUACCCUGGCUGCGGUGCGCUUGGGAGACUCAGAAGGAAGUUUGAUUGCAGUGGAUGAUGUCACGCAAGAAAACAAGGGAAAAUGUAGCAAAGGAGAAAGUGAUAACAGGGGUAGGGAAGGUUGUGAGAGCUCAAAUGCUGCAGCAGAAGAGCAGAGACUAAACAACCACCCUGCCAAUCAUAGUUACUUACAUGCUGCAGGAGGAAGGGUGCCAUUGGUAGACAGUGCCGCAGUAGAUUCAUACCUUGAUAGAACUACCCAGGAGAAACAAGAUAACGCCCAAAAUGGCGGCGGCGAUAGCAAUAGUGUUUCAAGUGCAAAUAAAGAACAUUUGACUUCAUGUGGGAAGGUGAACCUGCAUGGAGCUCGUGAUAACAACUUCAACGUAGAACAUUCCAGUAGGAUGGUUAGUAGCGACAAUCCAGGAGAAAACAUGGCAAUAGAUGUAGACUUCAACAGCAAUAGCAAUAAUGACUGCAGGCCACGGGCCCACAGUGCGGACCUGCUGUCAGACAGCAGAAGAUGGAGUCAGCGGCAGCGUCCAGCAAGUGCGGAGAUUACGACCACGGAGUAUCUUGAGAAUGGUGCUUGCUCACCGGUUCUUCAGCAGAAGCAUGAAGAGGUGCAGCAGAGCCAUGCCCCUAUCAGGCAGAACUCAUCCCGCAUCAACCCUCCAAUCAUUGUCACCACAACUCCUAUGACAAAUGAAGCCAUGUCACCACCUACAUCACCACCAACAUCACCUCCGAUGAGUCCUACCUUCCAGAGACCUAAACCAAGUAUAUUCAGCAUGCAAGGAAGGACCUACCUGGACAGGAUAGUAGAUGAAAUCAUUGAUACAGAGAGGAGUUAUGUUGGAGAUCUUGGAGACAUUAUAAAGGGUUACAACCAAGCUAUGAAGAACCAUCCUGACAUCCAACUUAGCCAGGAGAAGUUUGACACUCUCUUCUGCAAUCUAGAGGAUAUCCAUUCUUUUAACAGGGAACUACUAGCAGAUCUUGAACAGAGUGAUGAGGAUCCUGUCAAGUUGGCCGAUUGUUUCCUAGAAGUGGAGGAUGAGUUCUGUAUCUACACCAAAUACUGUACCAACUACCCCAAGGCGGUGGAUGUCUUGACAGAAUGUAUGCAGGAUCCUGUAAUAUCAGACUUCUUCAGAGAGCAGCAGGCACAGCUCAAUCAUGGUCUUGCCCUUGGUGCCUAUUUACUCAAACCAGUACAGAGGAUACUCAAAUACCAUCUUCUCUUUCAGGAUAUGAUGAAGCAUUACAAGGAGGAGCAGGGGCGGGACGUUAUCGCCAGGGCACUUAAGUCAAUGACUAACGUGGCAUGGCACAUCAAUGAUAUGAAGAGAAAACAUGAGGCCUCCGUCCAUGUCCAGGAGAUACAGAGUCAGUUACAUGGAUGGCAGGUAGGUUUGAGAUGGAGAGAGAAUGAGGAGUGGAUAGGGCUUUCUUACACCUGA